CGGCCCAUCAACAAGAUCGCCGCUAAUGCGUGAUGGCGUCGGUACCUGCAGCCGGUCAAUCACCCCGCAGCUUGCAGUUGAAGCUUAACAAAAAUCUGCCCCUCAUCGCGUGCGCAACAUUUGAACAGGGUGGAGUAGGAAACACUGACCAUAGAAGUGAGGUAAGACGUAGUGACAACCAUGUCUGGCUCCAACAAGAUCUUUGUAGCCGUCGUCGGCGUGGGUGGCGUGGGCAAAGCCUUCCUCGGACAACUCGAGCACCUCAGGGCCCGCAUGCAACGGCAAAACGUGCUCCUAGAACUCGUGCUGGUUCGGCGAAGCAAGAAGCAGUACUUUGAUAACUUUGCGCCUCUCGACAUAUCACAAGCUCUGCAGAAUCUCGACAAUUCCGGCAAUGCAGCACCGCCAUUCGGGGAGACGGUAGACACCCUCGCCAAAGCACCAAACAAGGUCAUACUAGUCGACAAUACCUCAGACCAGGAGAUCGCUGCAUCGUACCCCAAGAUCUUGAGUAAGGGCAUCUCAAUAGUGACACCCAACAAGAAAGCCUUCUCCGACACCUACGACCUCUGGUCUCAGAUCUUCGCCUCCGCCGCCAAUGGCACCGGCGGACCAAAGUGCGGCUACGUCUUCCACGAGUCGACAGUAGGCGCCGGACUUCCAGUGAUCAGCACGCUAAAGGAGCUCAUCGAGACCGGCGACGAAGUGACCAAGAUCGAAGGCGUCUUUUCCGGAACGAUGAGCUUCCUCUUCAACUCCUUCAUGCCUGUUGGUGGCGGCGGUGGCAAGUUUAGCGCCGAAGUUAAGAAGGCGAAGGAGCUGGGCUAUACCGAGCCUGACCCGCGAGACGACCUCAACGGUCUUGAUGUCGCGCGGAAACUCACGAUUCUUGCGCGAAUAGCUGGCUUGAAAGUGCAGUCGCCCACUUCUUUCCCGGUUGAGUCACUUAUACCGAAGGAGCUAGAAUCCGUCAGUUCCGGCGACGAGUUCCUGGAGAAGCUACCUCAAUUUGACGAUCAGAUGGAGGAACUCAAGUUGUCAGCUGCGAAAGAAGGCAAAGUCGUACGAUUUGUCGGUAGCAUAGAUGCCCCAUCCCAAGCCGUAAGGGUCGGCUUAGAGAAGUUUGAUGCCAGUCACCCGAUCGCAGCGCUAAAGGGCAGUGACAACAUUAUCAGCUUCCAUACCAAGCGGUACGGCUCGAACGCAUUGAUCAUACAGGGUGCCGGCGCCGGCGGCGAAGUGACUGCCAUGGGCGUUACGGGCGAUCUUCUGAAAGUUGUAAGGUUAUUGCAUUAGCGUGGCGCUUGAAGAUGGAAAAGUCUGCUUCUCUGCUCUAUGUCUGGAGUACAGUAGUCGUUGUACAGGCAUGGAGUCGCCCAUCAUGCGACUGUCGACACAACACCGUACGCCUGGCGAACUCGCCCCAACCUUCACAAAGUCCCCCCUUG